CUGACUACCUUGUGCAUCGUCACAUUCUGGAGUAAGCCUCGUAUAGCAAGACGAUCUCCCGUCUCUCCACGGGGAAUAUGGCACCAAAAUAGCAUGAAUCUAGGACUGAGGCUGGGCGUGAUCUCCACCGUCAGCUCGUGUAAGUCAAGUUGAGCUCAUGAAGCAAUAAUAGAAACAUGCCCAUGAAAAGAGUAAGAUACGUGAGGAAAUCAAGUAUAUAAACUCCCCUUCCUAACCUCCAGAUCCCAAACUUUCUUCUCCAUCCUCAUCAACUCAAACACUCUCAACUCUCGCUACAAAAACACACUCUCGCUCUACUACAUCUUUCUUCUUACAAGGAACCACCAACCGCAAACAUGAAGUUCACCAUCGCCCUCGCUGCUCUCGUCUCCCUGGCCGCUGCCACUCCCCUUGAUGCUUCCACCAAGGGCUGCGAGCCCGGAUCCUACUCUUGCACUCCUGACAAGACUGGCUGGCAGGUCUGCGAUGUCAACGGCAAAUAUGUUGCCGCCGGCGUCUGCCCCCCCAAGACCUCUUGUGUCUUCUACAAGCCUAGCGGUAGCCCCUACUGUGUUCCCCCUGGAUUCAAGUUCUCCAAGGCUUAAGUGGUCUUUUGAUCUUAUGACCUGAUAGCUAUGGGAGUCACCGGGUACUUGGAACUCUCGACAACAACUUCUAUCUUGGUCUGAUACUUGCUUUUGAGGUUGGGUUUGGAUUGGGAUUGAGAUGUGCAUUUGGUCUUUUCUUGUUUUCAUGCCUUGCAUGAGGUCCUUUCCUUAGAACAAAUUAGAUAUGGAACAUAGCUGGUUGGGUAUACAUACAUAUAUAGGCACUUAGCAUGCAUCUGCAAUCUACUGCAUUGCCUUUGAC